AGAUGAAGGCGGAGACAAAUCAGCGCAUUUGGGUUCUUCUCUCAGUUUUUUUUUUCUUCUUCUGAGGAUUGUAGCAAAACACAGACUUCAAAACUACUGAAGGGAUCACUUCUGAUCGGUUUUAAAACAACUCUGUUAUCUCGUUUCCCUGACACACUGCAAACAGACGAGACGAAAGGCCCAGAGUCCAACCGGAGGCUCCCUGCUUGACCUUUUUGAUGAGCUGCACAUAAACACCUCUGGGAUUUGGCAUCUGAAAAACACUAGCCAUGUACCAAGUGGUGCCAGGCGGGGCAGGGGGCACAAUUACAGAUGUUAUCCCCAAGCAGAAACACACCAAGGACUCCCGAUCCUUGGUUGGAGCUGGAGUCAUCGGUCUGUUACUGGUCAUUGCAGCGGUGACUGCCUGGUGUUAUUACAUCGCCUCUCUACGCAAAGCUGAGCUGCUGAAGACUCAGCUGCUGGAUCUUAAUAAAGAUGGCUACAUUAUCCGCAACCAGGGAGGCUCCAUUGUUUUCAGAAUGGAUUUCAGAUCAGGGACCCUUGACUUGGACUCCUGUUCAAAAGAGGAGGAAAUUCUUCGCUGUGAGAGGACCACUGACAGAAAGCUGAAGUUUUUUAUAAAGACUGUGCGGCCCAAGGACACUGUGCAGUGCUACCGUGUGCGCUGGGAAGAACUGGUCCCUGACAUUCCUGUUGAGCAUGCCAUGACUUACAAGUUUGCGCACUGGUACGGAGGUGCAGUGUCAGCAAUUCAGCACUGGCCUAUUUUAAUUUCAGGCCAACAGACUCCCAAACCUUUUGUCACAAGUGAUAUUUACUCAAACCGCAGUGAAUUUGGUGGAAUUCUGGAGAGCUACUGGCUUUCAUCCAAUGCCACUGCAAUCAAGAUCAACAACUCUGUCCCUUUUCACCUAGGCUGGAAUGACACAGAGAAAACUAUGUACUUCCAAGCAAGGUACCACGAUACCCCUUUCAAGCCAAAUCCUGGGGAGGCUCCAUGUGCAGAACUGAGCUAUAGAGUCUGUGUAGGUUCAGAUGUCACAUCCAUUCAUAAGUACAUGGUUCGGAGGUACUUUACCAAACCUUACAAAGUGCCUGCUAAAGUUAUGUUUGAGCAUCCAAUUUGGUCGACUUGGGCUUUAUAUAAGCGCAACAUUGAUCAAGAAAAAGUCCUUACAUAUGCUGCCAAUAUUCGUAAGUAUAACUUUAACUGUAGUCACCUGGAACUAGAUGACCGUUACACAAAACGCUAUGGAGAUUUUGAGUUCGACCCAGUUAAGUUCCCUAAUGCAUCUGAAAUGUUCAAAAAGUUAAAGUCGGAUGGGUUUCUGGUUUCUCUCUGGAUUCAUCCUUUUGUCAACUAUGACUCUGAGAACUUCCACCCUUUAGUGGAGAGAGGGUUGUUUGUUCGAGAGCCAACAGGUCAGCUGCCUGCAUUGGUGCGCUGGUGGAAUGGGAUCGGCGGCAUUUUGGAUUUUACCAACCAAGAGGCGCGUGACUGGUUUACCUCUCAGCUGGAUUCCUUACGCUCAAAGUAUGGGGUGUCCUCUUUUAAAUUUGAUGCAGGGGAGACAAAUUAUUUACCCUGGAAAUUUAGCACAAAAAAUCACAUUCGUGACCCCAGUUUUUUCACAAGGCGUUACACAGAGAUAGUUGAAAAAUACAAAGACCGAGCUGAGCUGCGCAGUGGUUACCAGUCCCAGAACAUAUCCUGUUUCUUCAGGCCAAUUGAUAGAGAUUCUGUGUGGGGCUAUGAGCUGGGCCUCAAGUCUCUGAUCCCCACAGUGCUCACCAUUAGCAUCCUUGGGUAUCAGUUCAUCCUACCAGACAUGAUCGGGGGAAAUGCCUAUCUUAACCACACAAGCGGAGAUCGGGCAUUACCUGAUAGAGAGCUUUACAUCCGCUGGCUGGAGCUUUGUGCCUUCAUGCCUUCCAUGCAGUUUUCUAUCCCACCAUGGGAAUACGACAACGAGGUGGUGGAAAUUGCUCGAAAAUACACAGCCAUUCACAAAAGUAUCGUGGCACCACGGGUCCUUGAGCUUGCAAGUGAGGUUUUAGACACCGGGGACCCGAUCAUACGUCCACUAUGGUGGAUUGCUACCGGUGAUGAGACAGCCUAUAAAAUAGAUUCCCAGUUCCUGAUUGGUGAUGACCUAAUGGUAGCACCUGUUUUAGAGCCUGGAAAGCAAGAAAGAGACAUAUAUCUACCUGCUGGGCACUGGAGAAGCUACAAAGGGGAAAGAUUCGACAUCAAGGAGCCACUGCACCUCACAGACUAUCCUGUAGAUUUGGAUGAAAUUGCUUACUUUGUUUGGGUUUAGCAAAAAACAAAAUAGAUUUUUUUUUUUCUGAUUCUCCUCAAUCCCUUUUUUGUGCCUUUUGAGCAGAUUCAUAUACCUUGAAACUUUCUACAUUUUGUCACUUUAAAAACAAACUUCGGAGUAUUUAAAUGACAUGUUUUCUGUGAUGGAUAAACUUAAAAGAUUGGAUAAUUUUCUAUGUCUGUACCUGCUUUGCACAUCUAGAGACUGAAAUGUUUCCCUAUUAACCUUUUUAAGCUUGCUGAAUCUUAGAUUAAGACUAGAACUCCCUGCCACAGAUUCUUUGGUAGAUUUAGGUCUUGACUUUGGGCCAUUUAAGGAUAAGUAUACUUAAACCAUUUUGUUAUAAGACUGGCUGAAGGUUUGUGGUUGACGUGCUGUUGGAUCCCAAGUCUUUUGUAGCUUCUAACAGCUUUUCAUCCUGAUUGUUACUGAAUUUUGUUCCAUCAGCUUUGACCACUUUCGCUUCCUUUACUGGAAAAAACAAAAAAAACCUCCCCCACACAAAAAUACUGCCCUUGCAAUAUUUUUACAUAGGGGAUAUCAUGUUACGUGUGCCAAAAUGUUUUGUUAGCCUCCUCUGACCAGGAUAACGAUGUUUAAAUUGAAGACUUCAUAGAUUAUGCCAUGUUACUUUCUUUGAACAAUUACCUUCUUUUCGCCAAAGUUGCAUAAGCAUCAGAUGAACUGAGCACACAAGUUUUCAAACUUCGAUCUGUGCAGCUCCUCAGUAUACAACAAGCUUCUUGACUGCUUAUCUGAUCAAUGCUCCCCUCAACUGCCUGUGGGUUUAGGUGGAUACCCAUGUUUUGGAAAAACUUUCUAUGGAAUACAUUUCCCAUUUUUAUAUGGCACAUUGGACAGCUCUCUGUGAGGUGUUCAGAGCUUGAGAUAUUGUUGAUAAGCUCCACAACUUUAUCCCUGAACUAUCCCCUGUGUUCCUUGGUAUUCACAAUGCUUUUCAUUCAAUGUUUUCUUACAAACUUCACAACCAGAUCUAAUUACACAAAUCUUAAGUCUUUUCUUUAACUGGCUACUUAAAACCCUUAGUUGCUCUGGAUUUUCCCAUGCGACGACAGAAGUUCUUAGAUUCGUAAAAUAUCUUAAAAGGCUACAACUUUAUCUUUUCCUUUUACAAUGGCUUUUUGAUAUAUCACAUAAAUCUCAGUAAAAUGUAUUAUAGUUCUGAUGAGACAAAAUGUGGAAAAGUUCAAGGGGUUUGGAUGGUUUGGCACUAAAUGUUUGGCAGAUGACAUUGUGUGAAAUGCUCAAGGAUUCAUCUUCUUUAAUAUAGCAGUACAUACUGUAUGAAUUCAACUCAGAAAGAUAAGAUAAGAAAGCAUUGUGCCUUUGCACCAUGUAUUCAACACUUUGUCUUGGUUUGUAUUUUUCUUUUUGAAAUGAGAUAUAUUUGUCAUCUUUUAGUAAUAUCUUUCACACAUCUUGAGCCAGCACUGGCCACUUUAAGCCAAUGCACCUUGCCAAGAGCAAGGAUCCUGUAGCAAUAAAACUCAAAAUGAAUUGAAAUAACAACUGUGAUCCUAAGCUUAUAAAAUAAGCAUCCAGGGUCUAGUUAUUUAUUUAGGGCCAUGUAAUGCCUUAUAUUAAACAAUAGGUAGAGUGAAUAAACAAAGCUGUUUUAUCAGUGCCAUUAAGCAGAAUAUACAUUACAUGAUGAUGCCCUGCUCCUGUGACUAAUAACUGAGCUUCUUCUUGUUCAGUUGUUAGGAAUAUAGGCAAGAGGAUUAAUCAUGAAAUUGCUCUCAUCUAUGUAACCAUGUGUCUUGUAACCUGUUUUACCCUGUAUGACAAGGACUGUUACUGAGUUCUUCACUUUUGAUGCUGCUUCUUGGGUAGCCGAUUUUCUCAGGCUUUUUGUUAAAGUUUUCUUCUUAAUGCUGCCAAGGCAUUUAAGAAGCUGGUACUAUCAUAGUACAAAGUAAAUGUACCACCACUUUGAAGAAACUGCUUAGGUAGAUUUUUCCAUAGUGUAGCUGACAUGGAUUGGUACACCCAAUGGUUUUCCUAUUAUGAGCAAUAUAACCUCUCAGGUGUUUUGUUUUUAACUGAUAUGACAUCUAUAUAACUGAUAAAUAUAAGCUUUUUAGCUUGAAAAUUAAUUACGGAUAACUAUUAUUAUUUAUCUGAUACGUUCCUACG